CAAUCCCUUCCGUCUGAGUUACCACACGGAGUUUGGGAGUCAGGACGCGCGCACACAUCAGCAGGAACAGCAGCAGCAACCAUGCCAAGUCGAUCCAGGCAGGAGUGGAUCCGGUUAUCCAUGCGCACUCCGGGCAUCUUGAUCUUCGGGAUGGUUUUGGCUCCCUGCGGCCUGAUCCUGAACCUGACAUCGACCGUGGCCCAAAACUGGAGGAUGACCUCGACAGAACUUACGGGUCGCCCGUCUAAUGAGUUCAUUCAGCAAGGCAUCUGGCAGGUCUGCACUGGCAGCAACCAAGACUCGAGAAUCGAUUGCAACCUGCAGGACGCCACGUAUUUUGCCCAACAGAUCAUCCCGGUGGCCCAGGGUUUGAUGGUGGCCUCCCUCAUCGUGACUCUGAUCGGGCUGGCCGUGGCUAUCCCGGGGGUCCGCUGCUGGAAAGACAGGCCCAACUGGCUCGUGGCCGGCCUGGGCGGAGUGUUGAUCUUCCUCUCGGGGGUCAUGACCAUCAUACCCAUCGCCUGGUACACCCACAUAUUUAGGACCAUCCCAUCAGAUACCGUAGGCUCACAGCCUGUGCAGGUCGGAUACUGCAUCAUCCUGGGCUACAUCGGCGGGAUCUUUGAAAUCCUGGGCGGCCUCGUCAUGUUCAUCGGGAUCUGCCGGUGCUGCGGGGGAAAGAACCGAGGGGAGACGCGCGUCGAGGAGGUCGCGGGGACCCGGUUCAGAAAUCAACACAGGCGGCCGGAGAGACGAGUCGAAGUGCCGAGCCUGAACCGGGCCAGGAGCAGCGCCAGCAGCAGCAUCCCGUACUCGAAGGACUCCAUGGAUGAUGAUGAUGUGUCCUUCCCCCGGGCCAAGAGCCCACCGGUCCGGUCAGUCAACACCUCGAACGGCGGCAGACCCUACGACGUUGACCUGUGAGAACGCGUCACACGUGUGGGGAUCCCCACGUGGACACACAGGACACGAAGGAAAACUCCUCAAAGACACGCGGGGCAAUUGGAAGAAGGGACCGAGUUGAACAAAUUCCAGGAAGAAACCUUGGUAGUUAUUACUCAAUGACUUUUACAACAUAAAAAAUCCGACCUACUUUACCCUCUAUACUAUCCUGUUCAGUAAUAACAUGCAUGAUAUAUGCUGAUAACUGAAACUGUCAUUAAUUUGUGACGAAAUAUAAAUAUAUUCUACAAAUCGGAUAUUUCAGUGGUACCAAUAUAUCAGACACUAUAUUAAGAAAUCAUUGUAACCUGACUGUUGAGUGAAGCUUAAUCCAUUCAGAGGUCUCUGAGUGUUACAGCGUGUCAUCACCUGAAGGUAAAUUGUGUGAGUGAUAGAGCCAGUGCUGCAGCUCAAAACAGCCCAUGAUGAGAUUUAUAAUGGGCUAAGAAAAAGACUAAUUCUAACAUCAUUAUGAUACAGGAUUGAUGUAUGAUUCACGCAGUAAUGUUACAGAUAGAAUGAAUAUUAUUUUGUAAAAAAAAUGAAGGGAUAGUAUUGUUUAAGGGGGACUCAUGGAGAGGAAACCUCCAUUGUCUUUUACAUUCUGCAAACGAUAGGACCCGUAAACAUUUUUUUCCUUAUCCAUUGGCAUCAAUAUGGGUUAUUCUUUUCUCAAUCUUUAUGUAAAUCCUGUGUUCUCAUGCACUUUACAUUUAUAUCAAACCUUGAAGGACGGCAGGCCAACUUUUAAAUGAAGAUCAAUAUUCUCACACUAUAUGUAUAUAUUAUAUAUGUAUUAUAUAUAAUACUGUUCCAAAAAUAUGUACACUGUUUGCUUAUUAAAAGUGACUCAGUCGUAGUCCUCUGUGCAAUAUAGAAAAAAAACCUGAUGAUAUUUGAUGUGGAAAUGGCUGCGAUCACGAUGACAAUGUGGUAAAGUUAAAUGUAUUCUCAGCAGAAAGGCUAUAAAAGUGCCAAAAGAACAAGAAUCUAAAAUGUCGACAUUUUAAUCUGUGACCAUAAGUCCUUACGCCUGCUAUUCAAACACGCAUACAGACGCAUACAGGCUACAUGGUACACUGGUUUCUUUUCCUCACUAUCCGCUCUGUCAUCACCUUUGGCAAUGCAUACACAGACAAUGUUGCCUGACCGGUCUGAGGGGUUGGUUUCUCUCUCCAUCUUGUCAAACAACAUUACCUCUUCUGUUUAAAGUGGCCUAACAUCUCAAACAGGGCAUGGCUGUAGUGAACAAUUGCCCCUUUAUAGCUCCCCGAAAGUGUUUUGUUGUCAACUUGGCCCCCACGAUUUGUGAUGCAGUGCUCCCAGCAAAACCUGUUGAAUGCCAGUUAGGAAGGUCACAAUUUCCCAGGUUGAAAAGACACCAACAAAAAAAAAGAAAAAAAUUGUAUACACCAGCAUCUCUCUUGGAGCAGAUUUCUAGAAAAAAUGAUUCAAGAGGUUGGGUUUCAAGCUACUGUCCAUGAAAUUCCUGCAUAGUAUGCAGUAACUCACAAAAUGGCAAUAAAAGGAUAAUGUUGACACAAGUU